CGGUCCUCCAGCAUCCCAGCGGCCCUUGCGCGCUCCCGCCCGGCCUCAGCGGCUUCCGGCGGCGGCAGAGCAGGGGCGGCGGGAGCGGCGAGGCGGCGGCAGCCAUGGCGUACCGCGGGCAGGGCCAGAAGGUGCAGAAGGUGAUGGUGCAGCCCAUCAACCUCAUCUUCCGCUACCUGCAGAACAGGUCGAGGAUCCAGGUGUGGCUUUACGAGCAAGUGAACAUGCGGAUAGAAGGCUGCAUCAUCGGCUUUGACGAGUACAUGAAUUUGGUGCUGGACGACGCAGAGGAGAUUCACUCCAAGACAAAAUCAAGGAAGCAGCUGGGUCGGAUCAUGUUAAAAGGGGACAACAUCACUCUUCUACAGAGCGUUUCUAACUAGAAUUUGCCAUCCUUAGCACAAAGGUGGCUGCCGUGCUGCGGAGUGACUGAGUGCCAGGGGAACGCGGCCCGCGGGUAGAAGUUAUUUGUAACUGGGGUUGCAUGCCGAGGUCAAAAGUCCUUCCUUUGUGGGAGCGAGUUUUUUGUAGCUUGAAACAAUACGCGAUGUAUUUCACAAAUAAACGUUUUUCACAUUAACUGUAAAUGGAAAAGACAAA